AUGGCCCCCCUCUGCGACGCGUGCUCGCAAUCUUUGAUUCUCGAUGAUCGACUUGCUGGUGGUGGUGUAGAUACAUCACUCAGUGAUGGUACUGUCGACUUAAAUCUUUCGGGGUUCAGCACCAGCGAAUGGGAACCUCGAUUAGAUCAGGGCUCUCGACAACGAUUAGGUCAAAGCUCUCGCAACAAUCGUCAGGAAGUAUCUUCAGACCCCGAAGAUGGACGGGUACCCGGCCCAGAUCACAAUAAACGGCUCUGUUGCGUGAGCAAUAAUCUCCAGAGAUGUGUUACGCCUCCUGCAAUGCCCGAAUUCUCCACUCCGGCGGCAGAAGGAUGUGUGUUUUGCUCGAGGCUCAAGCAGCUUUUCAACGAGGAAUACAAAGAAGACUUUUGGUGGGAGAACCCUGAUUCGAAGCUUUACUUCUGGAUUCAAUAUGAGUGGACGGAACAUCAUUCCAAGAGAAAAAAGAAAUACAAUUCCUUCAAUUGCUUAACGGUUAUGGUUUAUCGUCCAGAGCUCGAGGAGGGCUGUGUAGACACUUACGAGUUCACGGUGUGUGCUUGGCCAGGUAACUCUACGAAUCCAAAUCUGGAGGUCAUACACUAA